CUCCGAGAAGUUGUCGCGUGUUCACUUUUAGAGCCAAAAUCCUUUGCAGCUUUUAUUUAUUUAUUUAUUCUAAUACGUGGCGAUUUAGUUACGAAAUUGCAUCUUGCAAAGUCAUCCUCCUUCGGCCUUAACACGAGCCCUCGUAGAACUGUUCUUUGCUGGCUGCAACCUGUGUGGGAAGAGAAGUUGUCAAAAUGGGAAUUCACGGAUUAUGGAGUUACGUUUCAAGCAACUCUGAAUUCUUCAGCGACCUCAAGCUGUCACAUAUGAAGAUUAUCAUUGAUGGUAACAGCUUGUAUCAUCGGCUUUAUUUUACCUCUGGCAUAAACCAACAGCAUGGCGGAGAGUACGAUGUGUUUGCGGAUGUCGUACACAGAUUUUUCGAUGCCCUCUUUGUCUGCAACGUGGAACCGUAUGUCGUGUUGGACGGAGGCUGCGACUACACUAACAAAAAGUUUGAAACGCUGAAGCAGCGUGCCCAGGAGAGAAUUAGAGCGGCACACUGCUCUUCGAGGGGAUCUCAUGGCUGUGUGUUGCCAUUGCUGGCUAGAGACGUUUUCGUCCAAGUCUUAUCUAGACUUCAGAUCCCCUUUGUCCAGUGUCUGUCCGAAGCUGACUGGGAAAUAGCCUGCUUGGCCAGUCAGUGGGCCUAUCCGGUCUUGACGAUGGAUAGCGAUUUCUGUAUUUUUGACUUGAGUGCUGGGUUUUGUCCUCUUGUCAAUUUUGAUUGGAACCGAAUCAAGAAAUGUAAGCAGACAUCCCAGUUGUAUAUUCCAGCAAAGUGUUUUUUACUCGAUAAACUUUGUAUGCAUUUCGAUAAACUGAAUAAGGAUCUCCUUCCUCUUUUUGCCGUGAUGAUUGGUAAUGAUUACAUUAAUAUCAAUGCCAUGGACACUUUUUUCUCUCGAGUAACCUUCCCAGGGAGCUCUAAUUUAAGACGAGACACGCAUGCCCGUAUUCACGGUCUUCUGCAUUGGUUAUCCACUUUUGGAAACCCAAAGGAAGCCAUAGAGAAAGUGGUGGAGUGCCUCCACGAGCGUGACAGGAACGCAGUUCGAGAAUGCCUGUGCUUGUCAAUGAAAGAGUACAAGUUGUCAGCAAGCCAGCUAGCCGAUUAUUUCACCAGCGGCGCGUCCUUGUCCAGUGUUCCGAGAGUGAUGGAUGUGCUGCCGCCUUGGGUUCUGAAGGCCCUAGGAAAAGCAGAACUGGCACCUUUUAUUAUCGAUGUUCUGGUGUUACAGAGAGUUUUCCUGAUUCCACAAGUUGAAAACAGCAGACUCUCCAGCAGCCACAUGUGUUCUUUGCCAAUUCGGCAAGUCUUGUAUGGGCUUCUAUUACAUGCCAAAAGGCAAUCAUCAUCAGUGAGCAGUGAAGGAGUUGCGAUUAAAGAUAAAGUUCACCAGGUGGAAGAAUUUUCCAGACAGGAUGUUGCACUCAAGAAAAGCCUCAUCCAAGCUGUAGUACCAGACUCCACAGAAUCUGUUUUUCUGGAGAAUAUAGUAACGGUCCCAGCAUCAGUGUGCCGUCAGGUUCUCCUGGAGACGCUGGGUGUGACGUCUUCUGUUGCCAAAGCCGUUCCUUCCCACUUGAGUUUAGCAGCCUCUGUUACGUCUUACUGGCUGACCCAUUCCAAUCCUAAGCCAAGCCUGCUGCAUCUUCAAGCUGUGCUCCUUGGAAUUGUGUAUGGAGAACUACGCCGAAUAACUAAAACUGCAGAUCCUGCAGCAUCCCGUGAGGACGUUAAGACAACAUGUUGGGCAUUGCAGAAGCUGCACAGAAUGCCACGGUGGAGCUUGGAUGUUGAUGUUGCUCACAUAUUUUCCCAGUGGCAGACGUCUCUUCAGAUGAGUCUUUAUCUAAACCAGGUUCUUCGAUGUCCACUUCAAGAACCAGAAAUACAGUGGCUCUACAGCGGUACCUUCAUGCAUCAAGUGUUCCAGGAGCUCAAUUCUAAAGCCACUCCAAGGUCCCUGUUAUCUGGGUCAGCAUUAGCCUCCAGACUCUACGAGAAUCUUCUGACGGCCGUCACUUCAGAGUUACCUUUGGAUUUUUUCCACCCAAAGAAAAGGGGCAAAAAAUCUGCGGCUCAAAAGAAAGACAGCAAAUCAAAAAUGAGCAAGAAUGUGAGCACAAAAUCUCUUCAUAACACAGAUAAUCGAUUUGCACUUUUGUCACUUGACGAAGAUUAAGUGUCACCCAAAAUCCUCCCCUCACUUGUUUUUAAUGUUUGUGUGACCUCUGAAGCGUACAUAUCUGAUGGAUCACAGCUUUACUCGACGUGCACGACACUGUUUCCUGUAUUAUAAAUUUACACGAAUGAUAUGGCCCUCCGUUGGGAAUACAUUUAUAUCUUUUUACAUAUGAAUCAUAUAUAAUAUUUUUACAUAUGAAUGUAUCAGUUCUGUAUUUUCUAAUAUUAUGGACACUCAUUGAUUUAUUUUUUUAUAACAUUAGAAAAAGCUUGAGGAGAACAGGCCAUUCAGCCCAACAAAGCUCGUCAGUCUUAACCACUGUGCUAGAAACACAGACCAGACAUCGUGAAAAGGUUUGGGGCAGCCACCAGUAGAAUAUCCUUGGCUUCAAAAGGCUUUUGAAAAUAACAGAGUAGUUCACAAGACUGAGUCCAAAGUAGAACUGCUUCAUGGGUGGGCAGCUUUAAAGGCCCGUAUAGGAAGUGACGUCGUCUAAGGGUCCAGAACCAGAAGUGGCAUCAUCUAAGGAGAUGGAAAAGGACGUGAUGUCAUCUAAGGGCCCGAAAAGUGGUACCGUCUGGGCCGGAAGUGACAUCAUCUAAGGGCCCAGAACCAGAAGUGGCGUCAUCUAAGGAGAUGGAAAAGGACGUGAUGUCAUCUAAGGGCCCGAAAAGUGGUGCCGUCUGGGCCGGAAGUGACAUCAUUGAAGGGCCCGGAACCGGAAGUGGCUUCAUCUAAGGAGAUGGAAAAGGAAGUGACGUCAUCUAUGGGCCCGAAAAGUGGUGCCGUCUGGGCCAGAAGUGACAUCAUCUAAGGGCCCGGAACCGGAAGCAAGGUCUUCAGAGGCGCCAGAACCUGGCAGAAUUUCUCAGGAAAGGUCUGCAGGGAACCGAGAGAGGCAGUUAGUCACCCUGCCACCCCCUGGUCAGAUGUGGUAUUACCAUCACUUAAUUCCUCCAAAGCAUCAAGUUGAGUUUGAAAUGUCCCCGGAGUUCUCCUGUCUACCACACUUAACGGUCACUUAUUUCAGAUAUCUUUAUUUUUCCGCGUGAAGAAAAACUUCCCAAUGCUUGUGUGAAAUUUACCCAAAAUAAGUUGCCAACUGUGUCCCUGUGUUCUUGUUGAACUCAUUUUAAAGUCACCGUCUCGAUCCACUGGACUAAUUACUUUCAUGAUCACGUCACCCUUUAAUUACAAACUCUCUCUUUGUGGGGACUGGUUUUGAGGUGGCCCGUUGGAGCUCCUCCUGCCUGCCUACCACCUCCGUGUUCUCACAGUCACCAAUCAGCUCCACAGGGUCCUGAAAAUGGCUUGACACGUCUAACUCUGGGGUUGAUGCCCCUUGGCCUACAUCCAAAUGUGACCCACCUCUCUAUCUGUCUGUCUGUCUGUCUAGUCUGGUUGGGAGUCUUCAGAUGCAUCACUUCAGGUGUGCACACCAUCUCCACCAAGGACACCUGGCGCAUGUCUGCCAGUUGUCUACUACAAUGCCAGCCAGUCCCCUCCUCCUCCAGAUCAGUAACCCUCAGUUUGAAUUGCUGGAUCAUCUGGCAUCUCCUGCAGACCCGUCCUUCAAGGAGGACUGACUUGUCAGGACAAAUCUCCAAAAAGUCUCUGAGUCAAAGAGGUCUUACAUGGUACUGGCCUCUUGUUUACUAAACUGCUUUACUCUUUAUAAUACUUUAAUAAGUUAAAUUAUUAAAAAUUAAGUUCAUAUCAAAUUAAGGAUCUAAGUAACACCCUUAGCUCCUUUAGUGCUCUUUCCCCUCGACUGCCUGCUGUGCGUUUUGAAUCCCCAACAUCCCCACUCCUCUGAAAACCUUGAGGUUCUUUAGGGUGGGACCCUCUGCAAAUCGCUCUCUACUUCAAGGGGUAAAUGUUGAUACCCCACUCCUCAAUUGAAUGGAUUUUUAAGAACAGACCCCCAAAUUCCCUGAUUCAAGAUCCCCCAAAUUGUGGAAGCUAAAAGUACCACUCUCUGUCCUCCAGAGGGACCCCUCUUCUCCCCAAUCAUGGCAGACCAAUGUACAUCACUCAUAUUUCAAAGGAGAUGCUGUAAGGUCCCUACUUACUGAGGUUCAUCACUAUGGGGUCAUAAUAAGAGUCUUGCAUACCCACUUCAAAACAGCUUGUUGCCCCCCAUCUCUGGGCACCUAAAAUGUCAGAUUUUACAAGUCCAGAAUGAAGAAGGAUUUGAACAAGAAUUGCUUUAGCUGCAGCAUAACAAGAAAAUUGUGGAAUAAAAUGCUUUGGGGGUGACCAGGUGACACGUGUGGUGUUCGGCAAGGCCAACCAAUGAGAAGCUGUGACAUUUAAUGAAAACAGUGAUGGCAUUUCACCUAACGAACUUCAUUUCCAAGAUUUGAAUGUCGGGGUGGGUGGUCAGGAUGGUGGUUUGGACCUCAACAUGUGACACACUGCACAAGGUGACAGCUAAAGAAGUGGAACAAUACAGGAAUGAGGAAUGGCCACACCAGACACCUGUAGGACAUGAAGACGGCCUUGGGGUCAAGAAAGCGGUGAAACAUCACAGGGCAGUAGCAGUCCCAGAAAGGAGAGUAGGACAGACGAUGAGAGGGACUGGUCAAGCUAGCGCCGCUGAAGGGGACGUCGUGGGGUGGGGGGGCAAACGCUUUGUAAUACAAUACUAUUAUCUGUUAUCUGAAUUCAUGUUUUUAAUAAAUAAUGGCAUAUUAAUUUGUGUGUGUG